UCAAAGUCAAAAAAUAACCAAUCUUUCUCACAAAUAAGCAGGGAACUGCUUCUGCGCGUUUUGUGUUUAUGUAGCAAGACAUCUGCUUUUAUGAACUGCUCCAGGAAAGUAGCAUAUUCCUACCCCGAUGAGUUUUGAAAUUUCCUCGGAAUAAAUGAUUCUCAGAUUCCUUGUCACCGCUGGAUUAAUUCCUUUAAUAUUGUUGACUGAAGCUGCAGCUGAUACAUCAAAUAAUAGUCCCAAUGGCAAAGUUUACUUUUAUUCCAGACAUCCAGCAAAUGAAGCAUCUGGGGAGUUCAUGGAGGAUAAUGAUUCUAAAUCUAGGAGCAAUACAAUGAAUUAUAACGGUGAAAAAGGGAAUUCUCCUAGUUUAUUUCCAGAUGACCAAAUACAAUGUCAAAUCAAACAACAUAUCACGUGUGAUCCUUCUUACCCAUACAGAACAAUGAAUGGAAGUUGUAACAAUUUAGCUCAUCCAACAUGGGGCGUUUCAAACGGAUGCUACUUGAGAUUUCAACCAGCAUUUUAUGAGGGAAAAGGCAACUUCCGGAAAUCUGUAACUGGAAAUCCAUUACCUGAGCCUCGAGAUAUCAUUGUGAAUAUUUUCAAGGAUGUUCACCGACCUUCUACAAAAGUUUCUUUCAUGUUCACUGUCUAUGGCCAAAUUUUAGCCCACGAUUUAUCUAGGGCCGAAGUACCAAAUUUGGAUACAGACUGCUGUUCUUCAGAAUCUUAUAAAUAUCCGUAUUGCGCAGCCAUCUCAGUAAGGCCUAACGAUCCAUUCUUUGCUCAAUAUAACCAAACCUGUUUGUUUAUGCACAGGACUGAAGUAUGUGUAGACUGCAGUGCCUUUAGUAAUGAACAGGUUAAUGCUGCAACAUCUCCGUUGGAUGCUUCUAUUGUAUAUGGUUCUGGUGAUAGAAAAGCUAUGAAAAUACGUACUUAUGAUGGUACAGGUAAAUUGCUUUCAAAUCAAACUGAAAAUGGGGAAAUCCUGCCUACUGACCAUCAUGCUGCUAAACUGUUUUGCCCUCGUCAGAAAAAUUGCUUUUUAACUGGAGAUAAACGUGUGAAUCAACAUGCCUUCCUUUCUUCCAUGGAGACACUUUUCAUGCGCGAUCAUAACAGGGUAGCAACAAAACUGAAGAAGCUAAAUCCACAUUGGGAAGAAGAAAGAUUGUAUCAGGAAGCCAGAAGAAUAGUCAUUGCAAAUCUGCAGUGCAUCACCUACAAGGAAUAUUUACCUCAACUGCUUGGUCCAUAUAUUAUGAGAAAAUUUGAUUUGGGUGUGAGAAAUACGUCAGAUGGAACAGAAUACAAUCCAAACAUUCAAAAUGGUGUUAGGAAUGAAUUCGCAAAUGCAGGCUUCCGACUCCAUAGCAUGAUUCCAAAGAAUACAGGCUCAUUCGGUUUAAAAUUCAGACACGCGUACCAAAAUCCAGAACUAAUUAUAAAUGGCCAUUUGGAGAAAAUAACACAAGGAGCCUGUAAGGUGCCAUCCGAAAAAUAUGACCAUCAUUAUGUGAUUGAUGCCACAGAUUACUUGGGCCUGUAUGCUGGAGGAGUACAGUUUGGUACUGAUCUGGCCUCCAUUGAUAUUCAGCGGGGUAGAGAUCAUGGUUUGGCACCUUACGUAGUCAUGGUGAGAUUUUGCUCUGAAGGACGAGUGAACAUUAAGACCUUUGAUGACCUUGCACCUUUGCUGAUGCCACAGAAAAGAGCAGAAAUGUUGAAGAAACACUACGAGUCGGUAGAAGAUGUAGACUUAUACGUAGGAAUGAUGUUGGAAAACAGAUUUCCGGGAUCUGAAGUCGGCCCAACAGCUGCCUGUCUCAUCUCCAAGCAGUUCUAUUUCACCAAGUUUGGAGAUCGAUUUUAUUUCGAGCAUGAAGGAGAAGUGCCUUCUUUCUCUGAAGCCCAAAGAAAUUCUCUUAAGCAAUGCUCCCUGGCUCGAUUUUUGUGUGAUAAUUUAAAUAUCACCCAAGUGCAGAAGUAUCCUAUGCUUAUUCCUAGCUCAAAAAAUCCUGAAGUACUUUGUAGCGAUAUUCCCAAAAUCAAUCUCACACAUUGGGGAGAAACUCCGUAGAGUAAAAAUAGCAAUUGAAUUUUGGUUUAUUCUUUCUGAUUCAUUUAUUACUAUUCUGAAGAAGAUGAAUGUAAUUGUCAUGACUUAGCUUCUUUCAUUUGUAUACUUACUUUAUUUUCUUAUUUGAUUCUGUAAUAAAAAAAAAUUGCAAAUAAAACUUUAUUUUUCAAUA